AUGACGUGUGGUGUUACCACGGAAUGCAAAGUAGUUAAGAAAGACAGAUAUGGCGUUACGCUGGAAGUCAUAGACACUCCGGGGUUUUUGGACCCCAGUCAGUCUCAAGACGUUUUAGCGAAACAACUGGUAUCCUGUAUUUGUCUUGCCAGUCCUGGAGUCAAUGCCAUCCUCUUAGUGUUGAAGGCAGGUCAAAGAUACACCGAGGGAGACCUAAAGGUGAUUAAGUUAAUCAAAGAUACUUUCGGCGAAGAUUUUGUAUCCAGCACUAUUGUCGUUUUCACAGGAAAAGAUUCACUCGACGAUGAUGGGAAAGAUUUCGAAACUUAUAAAUCUAAACUACCAACAAAAAUACAAGACCUGAUUAGGUCCUGUAAAGGUGGAGCCAUUGCUAUAUCAAAUAAAGGAUCGGCAACUGAAACAGAUAAAGCGGCCAAAGGGAUGAUUACCAUCGUCAAAGAUGUUGUACGUAUAAAUGGUGGACAGGACUGUUAUUACAGGCCGGCAUUGUUCGAUCAAAUUUCAGAAGAGGUCAACAAAAGAGUCAACCGAAUUCUGGAAGGAAAUGCUAAAAUCGAGGAAAAAAAUCGUCUCCUCCAAUUAGAAAAGAAGCAAUUAACAAGGGAAGAUCAGCAAGAACAACGUCAAAAUCUUGAGAAAAAAAUUCAAGAUCUUGAGGAACAACUUGUGGACCACGAAACUGCUCGAUUAGCGGCUAUUCGGGAAAUAGAAAGAAACACGUUUAGACAUCUAGAAGAUGCAAUUUUAGGUGUAGGUAUCGUGAGCUUCGUGGGAGCCGGUGCUCUGGUUUUGCUAGCAUCUUUGAAGUGA